AGCCUCUGCCGUGCCAGAGCCCGGCCGUCCCCUCCACUGCUGCACCCUCGCCCGGCACAGGAACCAGAGGCGCCGCCAUGCAGCUCCGCCUGCUCCUCUGCCUGGCGCUCCUCAGCCCGCAGGGCUCCAGCCUCCGCCACCAGCACUCCUGGCCGGCCAGGAAGAGGGCCAGGGAGCUGCCGGCCGCCGCCACGGCCGCCCCCGCUCACAGGAACUUCACCUUCGACCUCUUCAGGGCCUUGGUGGCCGCCGACCCCGACCAGAACAUCUUCUUCUCCCCGCUGAGCAUCUCCAUGCCGCUGGCCAUGAUCUCCCUGGGGGCGCGGUCCAGCACGAAGGCGCAGAUCCUGGAGGGCCUGGGCCUCGGCGCCCAGGGCGGCCCCGAGGAGGACGCGCUCCACCAGGGCUUCCGCCGGCUGCUGCAGGGGCUGCGCCGGCCCCCGGAGGACCUGCAGCUGAGCCUGGGCAGCGCGCUGUUCGUCCGGCCCGCCGUGCGCGUCCGGGACGCCUUCCUGAGCGCCAUGAGGACGCUGUACCUGGCAGACGCGGUCCCCACCAACUUCGAGGACCCCGCAGCGGCCCAGAAGCAGAUCAACGAUUACGUGGCCAAGCAGACGGAAGGCAGGAUCGUGGACUUGGUGAAGGACUUGGACAGCUCCGAGGUCAUGGUCAUGGUGAGCUACAUCUUCUUCAAAGCUAAGUGGGAGACUCGCUUCGACCCCCAGAGCACCCGCAUGCAGGACUUCCACGUGACCCCGGAGACGGUGGUUCAGGUGCCCAUGAUGAGGCGCGAGGACGAGUUUGACUACCUCCUGGACCGGAGCCUCUCCUGCAGGGUCGUGGGGCUCCCCUACCAAGGCAACGCCACGGCCCUCUUCGUUCUCCCCAGCGAGGGCCGGAUGGAGAAGGCGGAGGCCGGCCUGAACCAGGAGAUCCUAACCAAGUGGCUCAAGAAGCUCACAAAGAGGAAGCUCCAGCUUUACCUUCCCAAGUUCUCCAUCGAGGGCUCCUACCAGCUGGAGACAAUCCUCCCCACGCUGGGCAUCAGGGACCUCUUCACCUCCCGCGCCGACCUGGCCGGCUUCACCAACCACUCCAACAUCCAGGUGUCUCAGAUGGUGCACAAAGCCGUGGUGGAGGUGGACGAGUCGGGGACCCAAGCGGCCGCAGCCACGGGUGUGGUGUUUGCAUUCAGGUCGGCCCGAGUGGGCUCUCAGAUGAUCGUGUUCAACAGGCCCUUCCUGAUGGCGAUCGUGAACGCUGAGGGCGUCCUCUUCCUGGGCAAGGUGACCCGCCCCGCGGGGGCGCACUCCUCCUGAGCCCCGGCCUCCCCAGCGGGCGGUGCGGCGCUCUGUGGCCACCCGUCUGCGGAGGCCUAGUGAGACGCGCAGGCUGAGUGACGAGCGAGACCUCCGCAAGCAACAGUAGCAGCACCGACGCGCCAGGACGGCUUCUUCCCGCACCCGGCGAGGCCAGGCGCCCGGAAGGGCCGGAGGACACUCGGUCACGCCCUCGCCGCUCACCAGUGGCGAUUCGCACUGAGGCCCCGAGAGCUUGACGGACUUGUCCAAGGUCACACGGCAGGUUAGAAGCCCAGGACCCGGCCCCUGAUUCCCAGCCCAGCGCCACCGGCUCCACAGGAAGGUGGUCCCAGUAGACAUUCCGCCAGGAAGCAUGUGUCCAAGCCCAGCCCCUCCCCACCCCAACCCCCCUCAAGCCCCCCGUCAGCAACACCGGCCGCCAUCCUGAUGGUUGAGAGGGAGCACUGGGACGGAGUCUGCAGUGGGGCUCUGGCCCGGCCAACCAGCUGUGUGACGUUGGGGUCAUGCUCUCCCUCUCUGGACUCGGUUUCUCCACGAAUGCACUGAAGGGUCAGGUCGAGGACAGAAGGGUCCUGACAUCAUGUCGAAAGGCUGGAGUGUCACCUGCCAAUCACAGCUGACAUCACCACUCCUCCUUUGAGAAAAGCGAGGGGACCGUGGGGUGGAGGUGGCCCGCCCAGGGCCAUCCCGUCCCGUGGAGGGAGUUACAGCCCCGGGGCGUGGCUGGCGGGGGCAUGGAGGCCCGGUGCCAACCCUAGGCUAUCGUUUGAAGACCCUGCUGACCGGGGGUGGGCUGCAGUGCCCGCCAUAGCAAUAAAGCG